UCACUUCUAUCAUACAUGAGUCUCCCACAGCAUCAAUAACUACCAAUACUGCAAAGGACCCAAUCCCCAACACUGAUUCUGAAACAGGUGACAUUUUAGUAGAGACUGUUAGUCAAACUACCUCUGAAAUAAGUGGUACAACAGGUGAGACUAUCGAUAAUGUUAACUCUGAAGUAAACAACAUCAUUGAGGAGACCCCUGCUGAAACUGUAUGUAAUACUAGCUCUGAAAAAGGUUAUAUCUUUGGAGAGACUGUGUGUAGCCUUGAUUCUGAAGUAAGUGGCAAUGCAACUAAGACCGCUUGUAACUCCGAUUGUGGAAUGAAAAACAGUGUAGAAGAGACAAACAAUGUGAACCCUGUUCCUGAGGUUCCAGUGACACAGGAGCCUCUGUACAAACUUGUAGUUGAACUGAACAAACCAGACACAGUGUGUGCCACUCCAGUCCUAAGACAGCCAGUUACCCAACCUAGUUCAAUGGAACUCACUGACAAUAACCUGGACUGCCAAAGCAGCGCGUUGAUCUUUGAUCAAGCCAUUGCUAAUCCAAAUGCCAUGCAAGGAAACAGCUUGGCUGACUCAACUGCUAAUUUGUUGGAGAAUGUCUUGACUCAGACAACACAGAAUCUUGUUACGGAGUCCAAACUGGACAUAGUGGUGUCAGAAUCUUGUCUGCUAGAAGAUCCUGUGCUGGACAGAACUCCAGCACUGAUGCUCCACCAGCUGGGGCCAAUGGUUUUCAGCAGGACUGACCCAGUGGUGGAUAACAUGACUGAAAAUAACUCUGACACACAUCUCCUAUUUCCCGGCUUCCUUCACACAUCGAUUGAAACCCCUCAGAUUAGCGAGGAAGCUGGAACAGACCUGCCACUUUUAGAUCUUUGUUCCACACCUGCCGCUGUUCAGGAAUCAAGCUACAGAGGAAUGGAGGAUGAACUUUCUAAUGACUUAUGGAUGGAUGCUUGCCAGUUUCUUACAAUUGAAGAGGACAGGGGGUCUAUAUAUGAUGAGUGGGGGCAUUCUCCAGACCCUAGUCCUCCCAGAGCCUCUCCAAACAACAUAAAGUCCUUGGCCUCCUCUCAGGGCAGGGGAGCUGUGAUUGGUCAACUUGGUGAUUGGGAACUCCCACCUGUCGAGAGGUGGUCAUCCUCAGACAGCUGGGCUAGCGCUCUCUCAGACUGGUUCCAGUCUGUUAGUGUCUUUACGGAAGAUCGUCCACUCGCUGCCCCCACGACAAGUAGCAGCAACCCACUUGACUCCCAGCCCCAACCUUGCAUGGCUGUCCAGGACACCACAGAGCAACAGAAGGAUAGCCCAGAAAGCCCCUCCACCACUGGGCAAGUGUGUCUACCUCCAAGCUCCACAGAAGCAGGGGUAGAUGCUCAGAGCAGAAGACUGCCAAGGGAUGAGGAAACAUUGCUACAGCUGGCAGAAACAGACAUGCAUCUCCAUGCCGGGACUCAGGAUUUACCAGGAGAGUCUGUGGACACUCAGGAAGAGAGGAAAAUGGAGGUAGAGACUUUGAACCCAUCUGGAGCCUGUGUGCCAAAUCUGGGAUCACAUCUGCGAGAGGGUACAGUGGCACCUGUGAUGUCUGUGAAGGAUUUCACAACUGGAAAACUCACAAACCAGCAUAUCUCUGGAACUAAGCCGGACAGUGACGGAGUCCAGGAAGUGGCAGAAGACAGAACGUUCCGGCUUUCAGCAGACUUCGAGGAGGAAAGUGUGAGGAAUUACAGUCCCUUGAGGAUCUCGGGUUACCCCAGCGACAAGGAUCCUGCGAUCGGAUGUGCAUGUGGCCCUUGUCUUGACACACAUGUUCCUCAACUGGACAGACAUGUGCCCUCUGAACCAAAACACCUGACACAAGCAGAAGGUGUGGAGACCCCCCACGCUGAAGGGAGUCGGUCACGUGCAUGUUUCUACACACAGGAUCCAGAAACAACUCAGGGACAGAGUAGAUCUGAAGAUCCUGAGUUUAUUAUGCCGUUUGCACCAAUCAGCAUUGGAACGUCAUUCCAUCAUCCAUGUGAUUUAAAAGAGGGUCAACCCAGUCCAAAGACAUCCACAAAACCAUCUCUUGUAGGGAAUAUCGAUGAGAUUAGAGGUUGUUUACCAGCCAAGAUUGUUGGAAAAGUUACAAGUGGUCAGGAACCCUCAGAUGACCAGUUUUGCACGUGCUCUGAGAAAAGCAGUGAGCAGAGUUCUUCAGCUUUUGAGGCUCAGAGGAGUCUUCCUCUCAAGAAACCAAAACUGAGAUACAAAAGGCCGGUGACAUCAGCCAUGAACUUUCCAAGCUAAUCUUACUCACAGGCCAGCGAUUUAUAGUCUCUGAGGAAAAGCGUGUCGCGUAUGUAACUCU